GUGAGGAAAAUUUAAUUCUCCUAGAUGGAAGACACGAAUUUCCGUUCAGCUUUCAGCUCCCUCAAGAACCUCUGGUGACCUCUUUUACUGGGAAGUAUGGCAGUAUCCAGUACUACGUGAAAGCAGUUCUGGAGAGACCUGCAGCACCUGAUCAGAGUGUGCAGACAGAGCUCCAGGUCAUCAGCCACAUUGACGUCAGCUCACCAGCUCUCUUGACGCCUGUUCUAAGAAGUCAGGAGAAGAUGGUUGGCUGUUGGUUUUUCACCUCUGGACCUGUGUCUCUCAGUGCCAAAAUUGAGAGGAAGGGAUACUGUAAUGGGGAAGCCAUACCAAUCUAUGCAGAAAUUGAGAACUGCUCCUCUCGUUUGAUUGUUCCCAAAGCUGCCAUUUUCCAAACACAAACCUACCUGGCCAGUGGGAAGACAAAAACCUUCCGUCAGAUGGUUGCCAAUGUCCGAGGAAACCACAUUGCCUCUGGGAGUACAGAUACCUGGAAUGGGAAAACUCUGAAAAUCCCACCUGUAUCCCCCUCUAUACUUGACUGCUGCAUUAUUAGAGUAGAGUAUUCAUUAGCUGUGUAUAUCCAUAUUCCUGGUGCUAAGAAAUUGAUGAUUGAAAUGCCUCUGGUGAUUGGCACUAUUCCAUGUAUUGGAUUUUCAAGCAGAAACUCCAGCAUUACCAGCCAGUUUAGUAUGGAUAUGAGUUGGCUGGCAUUGACCAUGCCUGAACACCCUGAAGCACCACCAAAUUAUGCUGAUGUAGUGUCUGAGGAAGAGUUUUCCAGACAUGUUCCUGCUUAUCCACCACCCAUUGACUGUGAGGAACAGUUGUGUUGUCCUGUUUUUGCUUAUAUACAAGAGUUCCGGUUUCAGCCUCCACCUCUUUAUUCAGAGAUUGAUCCACAUCCAACUGAUGUAGAAGAAAUUCAGCCUGUUUCGUUCAUGCUCUGAAGAGGAUUUGUCAUGAGCAUCAUUGUGAUGAAUGUCUUAAUCUUUCUGCUGCUUAAGCUGGUAGUGCAGCUAAAGAGGAAAAGGUUUUCUUUUUCAAGAUUUCAGUUUGUGUCCAAGAAAGGCACAGGAGAAUGGAGAGGGAGGUAUGAGCAUGUUUGGUGAUGAAAGAGAAUCUGCUGGAUUAGUCUGCACAGAGGAUAACAUGGGAGCAGCUGAGCUUGGUAUACUUGAGAAGUUCUGAAAAUACUGAAACGAAAAUGGAUGAAAUGAAAAUACUGAAUGUUUUCCCAAAAGUGGAUACACUACAGAAAGUACGAGGAGGUGUAAGGAUCUUCUGAAGAGAAAAGAAUUUUUAUUUUGUUUGGAGCACUCUGGAAGAAUGUACGUAAGGAUGUUGAGAACUUCUGUAGUAGAACUUGCGUAGUAGAACAGAAUGUGGGGUAAGAAAACAUUUCCAAGAGAUUCCAGUGUUCAAGGGGCUU